AUGGAGGAGUUAGCAAUUGGUUUAGAGGCAGUGCACCUCUCGGUCGAGAAUGAUGAACAGGAGGAGCAGGGGCAGGGUAUGGACAUGAGGCAGGGCAGUCCGAAUGUCGUAGGCGAAUCGGAGGAUGAGGUCCUGAGAGCGGAACGCGAUAAUAGGGUGCGUGUGAGGCUCGAGGACCAGGAGCGAGAGGUGAGUGCGAUGGAGGGGGACAAGGAGAGUGAGGAACGCGAACGCAAGAGGGAGGAACAGCGGAAGAGGGAGGAGGUGAGGAAGGUGUGGCGCGAAAAGGAAGAGAAGCGGCAGAGGGAGGAGGAAAGGCAGGCUGAGCGCGAAAAGGAGGAGAAGCGGCAGAAGGAUGAAGAGCGGAAGAGGGAGGAGGAAAGGCAGGCAGAGCGCGAACAAGAGGAGAAGCAGCAGAGGGAGGAGGAAGAGCGCAAAAAGGAGGAAAGGCAGGCUGAGCGCGAACAGGAGGAGAGGCGGCAGAGGGAGGAGGAAGAGCGGAAGAGGGAGGAGGAGAAAAAGGCUGAGCGCGAAAAGGAGUCGGAGCGGCAGAAGGAUGAGGUGGAGCGGAAGAGGGAGGAGGAGAGGAAGGCAGAACGCGAAAAGGAGCAGAAGCGGCAGGAGGAGGAGGAGGUGAAGAGGGAGGAGGCGCGGAAGGCCGAACGCGAAAAGGAACAUAACCGGCAGAAGGAGGAGGAGGAGGAGAGGAAGAGGGAGGAGGCGAGGAAGGCGGAACGCGAAAAGGAGGAGAAGCGGCAGAAGGAGGAGGAGGAGCGGAAGAGGGAGGAGGCGAGGAAGGCGGAACGCGAAAAGGAGGAGAAGCGGCAGAAGGAGGAGGAACGGAAGAGGGAGGAGGCAAGAAAGGCAGAACGCGAAAAGGAAGAUAAGCGGCAGAAGGAGGAGGAGCGGAAGAGGGAGGAGGCGAGACAGGUAGAACGCGAAAAGGAGGAGCAGCGGCAGAAGGAUGAGGAGGAGCGGAAGAGGGAGGAGGCGAGGAAGGCGGAACGCGAAAAGGAGGAGAAGCGGCAGAAGGAGGAGGAGGAGCGGAAGAGGGAGGAGGCGAGGAAGGCGGAACGCGAAAAGGAGCAGAAGAGGCAGGAGGAGGAGGAGGAGCAGAAGAGGGAGGAGGCUAGGAAGGCGGAACGCGAAAAGGAGGAGAAGCGGCAGAAGGAGGAGGAGGAGCGGAAGAGGGAGGAGGCGAGGAAGGCGGAACGAGAAAUGGAGCAGAAGAGGCAGGAGGAGGAGGAGGAGGAGCAGAAGAGGGAAGAGGCUAGGAAGGCGGAACGCGAAAAGGAGGAGAAGCGGCAGAAGGAGGAGGAGGAGCGGAAGAGGGAGGAGGCGAGGAAGGCGGAACGCGAAAAGGAGGAGAAGCGGCAGAAGGAGGAGGAGGAGCGGAAGAGGGAGGAGGCGAGGAAGGCGGAACGCGAAAAGGAGCAGAAGAGGCAGGAGGAGGAGGAGGAGCAGAAGAGGGAGGAGGCUAGGAAGGCGGAACGCGAAAAAGAGGAGAAGCGGCAGAAGGAUGAGGAGCGGAAGACGGAGGAGGCGAGGAAGGCUGAACGCGAAAAGGAGCAGAAGCGGCAGGAGGAUGAGGACGAGCGAAAGAGGGAGGAGGCGAGGAAGGCGGAACGCGAAAAGGAGCAGAAGAGGCAGGAGGAGGAGGAGCGGAAGAGGGAGGAGGCGAGGAAGGCGGAACGCGAAAAGGAGGAGAAGCGGCAGAAGGAGGAGGAGGAGCGGAAGAGGGAGGAGGCGAGGAAGGCGGAACGCGAAAAGGAGGAGAAGCGGAAGAGGGAUGAGGAGGAGCGGAAGAGGGAGGAGGCGAGGAAGGCGGAACGCGAAAAGGCGGGGAAGAUUGUGGAGGCCAACGAGCGAGAAACGCGCGAGGAGGCGAGGGUGGAGGAGCGAGAGCGACAGAGGCAGGUCGAGAACGAGCGCCGUGGGAUGGGGGGCGCUACACAGAGGCAGGAAAGGCAGAGGGAGGUUGCUGGGUUGAAUGAGCGAGGUGCUGGGGGGCAGCGGCGUGUGGCUGAGGGCCAGAGGGGCGCGAGGUUCUUCCCAAUGCAGUUGGGGCGGGAUGUAGGGGAUGGAGCUCGGCAAGUGGUGGUUGGCGACCAGCCAACCCUGGGGCAUCACGGAACAACUGUUGGUCGGGCAGCGGAUGUUGGUUUACCGGGAUUGAGAACAGGCGGACCGAGGCCGAUGAUGCAGCGGGAAGGUGGCCGGCGUGAUGAUCAAACAGCCCGGAACAGGGUCGGCGCGGGAGACCAUAGGAGGUUCGAUCAGUCAAGGCAAGCUGGUAGGCGAGAGGGUGAAGCGAUUGGAACGCGGCAGGGUGAGCGAAUGGCGGAGGAUCAGGUCUGGCGUGGGGUGGGAUGGGGAAUGGAAGGAGUGCGACACAGGGAGUUUCAGCAGAGAGAGGCGGGAGGACGUGCGGACGAGGAACUAGAGAGUGCGGCUAGUGCGCUCCCCAUGCAGAGGCGGCAUCCACGAGCGGCAGAGAAUCCUGCUGCGGUGCAGGGAGAGGAACUAGAGGAUGGUGAAUGGGUGGCUGUGGAGGCGCUACUGGCGGGACUGGAGCAAGCGGGGCCGCAGGUUUUCGAGGAGACGGAGCGAGGAUUUGAGGAGGCUGGCGACCGCAUCGCAGCUGGCGGCAGGAUGCAUACCACAGCAGAGUUGAUGCGGCGUCUGACCUUGGUGGCAAGGUCCGUGGCGAGGGCUUCGUCGGAGCAACGUGUUCGUUUCAUCGACUGCAUGGCAGAGAUUCGAGAAUUUGGUACGCAGAUGCAAGCCUUGGACAGCCGCUACUUCCAGGACUACGAUGAUCUAACACACGAGUACCACGAGCUCAAGGCCGGGGUGGUCUGGGAACGCGACGAGCUAACCCAAUUGCGUACUGCUCUUUCGGCUUCUGUCGCCGAAGCACGAGCGGCAGCAGCUGAUGCGGGUCGCGCAGCUGCAGCAGCGGCUGUGGAAGCAUUGGAGGAAAGGUUACAGGGGUUUUUCGAGAACUUACGGGAGAAGCUGAAGAGUGUGGUGGAGCAGGUGAUAGAGCAAUCGUCGCUAGAGGCCUCGUUCACAUCCACCUCCAUGGAACACCUGCAAGCGGCUAUUGACAAUAGUGUACUCGCAGUGUGGGAGGAUCUCAGGGCUGCGGACGACCAAAACAAUCUGACUUUCAACAAGAUUCAGAAGGCUCUGGCAGGACUGUCAACAAAGCUCAAAGGGCUGACUGGACCCAGCAAGGUCCGAAAGCCACCCACCGCCAGGGGAGAGGCCACACCAAAGGCUUCGCGAAAGCAGCCCGAAGCAGAUUCCUCAGACAUCCCAAUCUCCUCAGCACAACGAGUCAUUGAAAGGUUUGCCGCAACGUCCGAGGGUGAGGAGGGUGACGCUGGUGAGGCGGCUGCAGAGGCAAGGAAGGCAGAACGCGAAAAGGAGCAGAAGCGGCAGGAGGAGGAGCGGAAGAGGGAGGAGGCAAGGAAAGUAGAACGCGAAAAGGAGCAGAAGAGGCGAAAGGAUGAGGAGGAGCGGAAGAGGGAGGAGGCAAGGAAAGCGGAACGCGAAAAGGAGUUGAAGCGGCAGAAGGAUGAGGAGGCGCGGAAGAGGGAGGAGGCGCGGAAGGCAGAACUCGAAAAGGAGCAGAAGCGGCAGGAGGAGGAGGAGCGAAAGAGGGAGGAGGCGAGGAAGGCAGAACGCGAAAAGGAGGAGAAGCGGCAGAAGGAGGAGGAGCGGAAGAGGGAGGAGGCGAGGAAGGCAAGCGAACAGGAGGAGAAGCGGCAGAAGGAGGAGGAGGAGCGGAAGAGGGAGGAGGCGAGGAAGGCGGAACGCGAAAAGGAGGAGAAGCGGCAGAAGGAGGAGGAGGAGCGGAAGAGGGAGGAGGCGAGGAAGGCGGAACGCGAAAAGGAGGAGAAGCGGCAGAAGGAGGAGGAGGAGCGGAAGAGGGAGGAGACGAGAAAGGCGGAACGCGAAAAGGAGGAGAAGCGGCAGAAGGAGGAGGAGGAGCGGAAGAGGGAGGAGGCGAGGAAGGCGGAACGCGAAAAGGAGGAGAAGCGGCAGAAGGAGGAGGAGGAGCGGAAGAGGGAGGAGGCGAGGAAGGCGGAACGCGAAAAGGAGGAGAAGCGGCAGAAGGAGGAGGAGGAGCGGAAGAGGGAGGAGGCGAGGAAGGCGGAACGCGAAAAGGAGGAGAAGCGGCAGAAGGAGGAGGAGGAGCGGAAGAGGGAGGAGGCGAGGAAGGCGGAACGCGAAAAGGAGGAGAAGCGGCAGAAGGAGGAGGAGGCGAAGGCGAUGGAAAGGAGGCGGGCACAGAGGGAGGCGGAGUUAGAAGCUAAGCGCAAGCAGAUUGCUAAGAUUGCGGAAACAAAGCGGUUGGAGGCAGCAAAGCGAAAAAGAGACCUCGAAAUAGAGCGUCGGAAAGCCCUGGAGGAGAUCGAGCGUAUUGCACGGUUAGAGGAAGCCGCAAAGGAGGAAGAGGAGAGGCAACAAAUAGAGUUAGAGGCGGAAACAGAGAAAAUGGAAAACGAGAGGCGACGGAUUGCGGGGGAGGAUGAGGAAGGGGCAGCGGGGCAACGGCAGGGAGGAGAGGCGGAAGAAGGGUGGGCCGGGAUUCUUCAAGUGAUUUCAUUGGUUCUCGAUGAACCGCUGCAAGUAGUUGACCUCGUGGGGGAGGUGGAGGGUUCGGAACAUGUGACAGGCUCUGGAGGUCUAGAGACUCAACCGCCUUUGAAGAGGCUUCGCAUUGACCAGACCGGAACGAACUUCGACGCGGAUGAGGGGUCUUUGGGGGCUGCUACAUCGAGUGGUCUUACCACACGCGAGAAGAAGAACAAAAAGGGGGAAGUGGUGUACGUGCGCUACAACUCGGAGCAAACCGUCGGAGGUGUGAAGAGGAACAUGGGGAGCUACAAGGAGCGGAAACUACGCGAUUUCACAGUGGCCGUCUGUUGGAUGGCCUACUUCCCCGACACCGACAUGGCCCAUUACGGCUUGGAUCCUGCCGAGCUUGGCUUGUGGGCGGUCCACCUCGAUUUCGCUCGUGAACUCCCGACGGGUGUCUGGAGUGUCAUGAACGAAUUGAACCUCGACAAGUUCGAGAACUUCGAAAACGUCAUGAACAAGACAAAUGCACGGGUGAAGGACGGCGCACAUUUCCAGGUGGCCGUUUGCACAGGGAUUGGACAGGCCCUGGUACACGGAGGGAGUGGGCUGGUGUCGCCCCCCGCGAAUGUCACUCCCGCGGUCUAUGCAGCGGGAGUAGCUGCAACCCUCUACACCUUGUGGUGUGCCUCGAUCGGCAUUCCCCACCAGGACUGGGCGGAGGGUGCGGAUGAGGCGGCUCGUGGCACGCUCAACGAGGCAAGCCUUGCUAGUCGAGCAACCUCUACUGCUCGCCUCGGAGUGUGGACCUUGAAGGCCGUGAAGAACCUAACGCACGAGAAGGCGGAUUGGGAAGUGGUGCUCACCAAGGCCAUUCUCGGCCUUGUGGAUCCCGAGCCCGGGGAGGCAGAGGCUAUUGAAAUGGCCAAGGUGGUUUCGAGGGUGCUGGUGUACUGGUGCGAGUGCUGUCACGCAAACCAGAGUCUUUACGCGUAUCAGGGUGGGAUGCUCCAUUUUCCCCAGCCCACAAAAGGGGGACGGCGGAAGGGGAAUGCGGGAGGCAACGAGUGA